AUGGCUAUGAAUGUGCCACCGGACAGCCUUGUCGGAUCAGGGCGGCCACUAUCACCAAUAUCCCAGGUAAAACACGGAGAAAAGCAAAACUACAACCCCAAUUUUUGGCACAUGAAGUUCCGAGGUUUCAGUCCCUUGGAGGGAUCCGACCCGAUCCAGGAUCUCAGGAGAAUCUCUGAGCUAUGCUCUCAGUGGCUGAGGCCGGACUUGAACAGCAAGGAGGAGAUCCUGGAUCAGCUGGUGUUGGAGCAGUUCGUAAUCUGCAUGCCACCAGAGCUGCAGGCCUUAGUGAAGGAGAGCGGAGUGAAGAGCUGCAAAGACCUGGAAAAGAUGCUGAGGGAGGGAGAACCUCACAACUGGUCCGUAAUCUACUCCCAAGGACAGGCGUACCUCCGAGAUCCCAGUGUUGAGAAGGCUGAAGCCACGGAGGAUAAAUGGGACCAUAUGGAUUUGUGCCAAGAGCACUUAUCAAAUGACAGCGAGGAGUCUCUCAACAGAAGCCAGGUCAGCCCAGAGAUGCAGAGCCUAUCAGAGACUGAAGAGCCAUCCACCAGCCAGGAAGAGGACCUUUUGCUGGGACUGAUUCCUGAGAGGAGACGGGCAGACUACCUAAGACCUGAGCAGAGCCUGCAGAGUGACUCAGUUCCUGAUUGGGAAGAGGCGGAAGUGUCAGUGUUUGUUGGUCAGGACCCUCAGCCAACACAGGGUCCUGCUGGUUCUCUCAGAGUCAAUGCGGUGCUGCCCCCAAAAGAGACGGGUGUGGAUGCUGUACCGUCGUUCACCCAUAUUCUGGAAAAAGGUUUAGCCUUGAAUAGGGAUCUUCAGAGUCUUCGUGGUUUCAACUUACCCACUUCCCAAGGAGAGGCCUCCUAUAUGGGCAAUACAGAAGACGGACUAGAGCCUGCUAACCCACCGCCUGUAGAACAAGUUGACGAUAGUCUUGCUGGCCAGGCUCGGUUUCAGUGUACUAAAUGCAAGAAGAGUUUUCUUUACUGGUCUCACUUUGACCUUCACCAGAGGUCACACACAGGAGAGAGACCCUUCAAGUGCAACUUGUGCAAAAAGGCCUUUCUACAGUCCUCUGAUCUGAGAGUCCACCAGCGUGUCCACACUGGGGAGAAGCCUUACACGUGUGCAGUCUGCCUAAAGGAGUUCGCCCACAGGUCCACCCUGAAGAGCCAUAAUCGGGUCCACAUGAAGGAGAAGCCUUAUAUGUGUGAGGACUGUGGGCAACGUUUCAGCCACAAGUGCAACCUCACUGUCCAUUUCCGCAUCCAUCGCGACGUGAGACCCUACAUCUGUAAGAAGUGUGACAAGGCUUUCCGGCAGCAUGGGACUUGGAAGCGACACAUGAAAGCCCACUUGAGAAAGGCGUCUGUGUAA